AUGAAACUUCCAGCAUCAGAAGCUCAAGAGGAUAUGCUUAAAGAGGCAAAAAGCUCCUAUUUUGAUCUGCCAGCAUUAGAUGUUUCAGUUGCAUUUCCCCAAGCAACUCCAGCUUCAGUCUUUCCUCCUUGCAAGUCGGACUAUUAUCAGUUUAAUGAUCUAUUGACUCCUGAAGAGCAAGCUAUCAGAAAGAAAGUAAGAGAGUGCAUGGAAAAAGAAGUAGCUCCAAUAAUGGCAAAGUAUUGGGAGAAAGCGGAAUUUCCAUUUGAAAUCAUUCCGAAGCUUGGUGCAUUGCGUGUUGCUGGUGGCAGCAUCAAGGGCUAUGGGUGUCCCAACCUCUCCAUUACUGCCAACGCCAUUGCUACUGCAGAAGUUGCAAGAGUUGAUGCUAGCUGUUCUACUUUCAUUUUGGUGCACUCUUCUUUAGCAAUGCUCACAAUUGCACUGUGUGGAUCAGAAGUACAAAAGCAGAAAUAUUUACCGUCUCUUGCAGAACUUAAAACCAUAGCUUGUUGGGCUCUGACAGAACCUGAUUAUGGAAGUGAUGCAAGCGCUUUGAGAACAACUGCAAGGAAGGUUGAAGGAGGUUGGAUACUUGAAGGCCAAAAGCGCUGGAUAGGAAACAGCACUUUUGCAGAUGUAUUGGUUAUUUUUGCUAGAAAUACCUCCUCAAAUCAGAUAAAUGGAUUCAUAGUAAAGAAGGAUGCUCCUGGUUUACAAGCUACAAAAAUAGAUAACAAGAUUGGCCUAAGAAUGGUUCAAAAUGGGGAUAUUCUCUUAAAGAGAGUUUUUGUCCAUGACGAUGACAGGCUGCCCGGUGUCAAUUCUUUUCAGGACACUAACAAGGUACUUGCCGUUUCACGCGUCAUGGUUGCCUGGCAGCCUAUUGGCAUUUCAAUGGGUGUUUAUGAUAUGUGUCACAGGUACUUGAAGGAGAGGAAGCAAUUUGGGGCUCCAUUGGCAGCAUUCCAGAUCAACCAACAGAAACUAGUUCAAAUGCUGGGUAAUGUUCAAGCAAUGUUUCUCAUCGGUUGGCGCCUGUGCAAGCUGUAUGAGAGUGGUAAAAUGACUCCUGGUCAUGCCAGCAUGGGCAAGUCAUGGAUUACCUUGAAGGCAAGGGAGACUGUCUCUCUGGGAAGGGAAUUACUUGGUGGUAAUGGUAUCUUAGCUGACUUUCUGGUGGCAAAGGCAUUUUGUGAUUUGGAGCCCAUUUACACAUAUGAAGGUACAUAUGACAUCAACACCUUGGUAACUGGUAGGGAAGUUACUGGAAUUGCCAGUUUUAAGCCUGCUGCUUCGAGCAAUAGGAGCCGCCUGUAA